ACGAAUGCAGGCCACGAAAACAUUUAACUCUAGAUUCUUGCAAGUUUGAUUACUUUCGAGAAUCCUCGCGAUAGUAUCGAAUAUAUAUUAUAUCCGAACAUCAUGUCUGCAAGCCGCGCCUCACGGAAGCUGCUCGCCAGCACCCUCCGUGCAUCCCAGCACCGCGCACCAGCAACAGCAACCCCUCUCACCUCAAGAAGCUCAAUCCGCGGAGCAGCGACCUUCGUGCCUCCCCACCAGGCCAAUGCCAUCUCCGUGCUCCCCACGAACGUCGACCCCUCCUCACCGGAGUACCAGGAGAAUGCGCAGCAGAUGGGCGAGGUGAUCGCGCGGCUCGAGACACUCACAAAGAAGGUUCGCCAGGGCGGCCCGCCCAAGGCCAGGGACAAGCAUAUCGCGCGCAACAAGAUGCUGCCGCGAGACCGUGUGACGGCGCUGAUUGAUCCGGGGACGUCGUUCCUGGAGCUGUCGUCGCUGGCGGGGGAGGGGCUGUAUGGGGAGGACGUGCCGGCGGGAGGGAUCAUUACGGGCGUGGGUGUUGUGGAGGGAGUGACGUGCAUGAUUGUUGCCAACGAUAGUACGGUGAAGGGAGGGACAUAUUACCCGAUUACGGUGAAGAAGCAUUUGAGGGCGCAGGCGAUUGCAGAGGAUAAUAACCUACCUUGCAUAUACUUGGUCGACUCCGGCGGUGCCAACCUCCCCCACCAAGCAGACGUCUUCCCCGACCGCGACCACUUCGGCCGAAUCUUCUACAACCAAGCGCGGAUGAGCUCCCAAGGAAUCCCCCAGAUCGCCGUAGUCAUGGGUCCCUGUACCGCAGGCGGUGCCUACGUCCCCGCCAUGAGCGACGAGAGCAUCAUCGUCGACGGGCAGGGCCACAUCUUCCUCGCGGGCCCACCCCUUGUCAAAGCCGCCACCGGCGAGGUAGUAAGCCAAGAGGACCUCGGCGGCGGGCAAAUGCACACCUCCACCUCGGGCGUAGCAGACUACCUCGCCGUCGACGACGCGCACGCGCUCAUCCUCGCGCGCCGCUCCAUCUCCAACCUCAACUGGCCCCACAAGCCCUUCCCCGCGCCAACCACCUACGAGGAGCCCCUCCACGACCCGGAGGAGCUCAUCGGCAUCGCCUCCACCAACCUGCGCCGCCCGCUCGACGUCCACGAGAUCAUUGCCCGCAUCGUCGACGGCUCGCACUUUUCCGAGUUCAAGAAGGACUACGGAUCCAGCCUCGUCACGGGGUUCGCGCACAUCUACGGCCACAAGGUGGGCAUCGUGGCGAAUAAUGGGAUUUUGUUCUCGUCGAGCUCGCUCAAGGGCGCGCACUUCAUCGAGCUGUGUGCGCAGCGCGGCGUCCCGCUCGUCUUCCUCCAGAAUAUCUCGGGGUUUAUGGUCGGGCUUGAUGCGGAGCGCGAGGGGAUUGCGAAGAAUGGCGCGAAGCUUGUGACGGCGGUGGCGUGCGCGAAUGUGCCCAAGUUCACGGUCGUGGUGGGCGCGAGUAAUGGUGCGGGGAACUAUGGAAUGUGUGGGCGUGCGUAUAGUCCGAGGUUCAUGUGGAUGUGGCCGAAUGCGAAGAUUGGGGUGAUGGGAGGGGAGCAGCUGAGCAAGGUGAUGGAGACGGUGGGGAAGACGGUGGAUCCGGAGUUGAAGGCGAGGAUAGAGAGGGAGAGUGAGGCGGUGUUCUCGAGUGCGAGGUUAUGGGACGAUGGUGUGAUUUUGCCCAGCCAGACGAGGAAUGUUUUGGGAUUGGGACUGAUGGCUGCAAUGGGUGGGAAGAACGAGGUUAAGCCCACCAAGUUUGGUGUCUUCAGGAUGUAGAUGUAGAAACAGUGACGUUGGAAUCUAAAAAAAACAAUCUAUAAUUUAUGCUAAAUAUUGAAC